AUGCCGGGUAGUAUUGAAGAUGAAUACGAUUACAGUGAGGAGGAGGAGGAGGAGAUCCCUGAUGAGGAAUUAAUUGCCGAUUUGCUGGAAGAUGCACCUGUGGUGGAGAACAAGUUGGACUGCAUCGUUGCUGUGGACAACUGUCCCAUCAUUCCUCGGGAUAAGAUGGGAAAGCUGCUGAGUGUGAUCAAGAAAACUUUCGGCAAGGUAGGCAAGGUUGUGGACCCUAUCCACAUGCCUUUCAACGCCAGUGACGGCAAAACGAAGGGCUUCUGCUUUGUUGAAUUCACGAACCCUGACGAGGCCAGGCGUGCAGUACAGCAAAUCAACGGAUUCAAGCUGGAUAAGUCGCACGUAUUUGAAGUUGUCCGCAUGGCGGAUAUGGACAAGUACGAGGCUGUCCCAGAAGAGUUUGUACCCCCAUCGAAGGAGGACAAGGUUGACUUCAUUGAUAAAGAGUGGUGGCUGCACGAUGAGAAGUGCAGAGAUCAGUUUGUCAUACGACACGACGUGAAUACAUCGGUGUUCUGGAAUGGCAAAGACGAGGGCGAACUGCAACACACACAGGCCAACUGGACCGAAUCCUAUGUAUACUGGUCACCUCUGGGAUCAUACCUAGCCACCGUGCAUCCACGAGGAAUUCAGGUUUGGGGAGGACCCAAAUUCUCCAAGGUUCAGCGCUUUAUGCACCCAAAUGUGAAGCUCAUGAUGAUUUCACCUCAGGAGAAUUAUCUUGUCACCUGGUCGUCUGUCGAUGUUGCUGACCCUACGGGACCGUUUAACAUAGCUAUUUGGGAUCUGCGUAGGGGACGAAUGAUCCGUAGUUUCCCCUUGCCAAAUGGACUAAAUACAUGGCCGUACUUCAAGUGGAAUCACGAUGACUCGUACUGUGCAUGUUUGGGUGAGGACAAAAUCAUGGUGUACGAGUUACCCUCAAUGAAGCUAUUAGACAAGAAGAGUAUCGCGAUUGAUAGCGUACGGGACUUUGCUUGGUCACCCUCAGAGAAUAAAAUCGCAUACUGGACGCCGGAAAUUCGAGAUCAGCCAGCGCGUGUGACCAUCCUAGAGCUCCCCUCCAGAAAGAUUGUAAAGACCAAGAAUUUGUUCAAUGUUGCGGCAUGUAAUAUUCACUGGCAGAAUAAAGGCGAUUACCUCGCCGUAAAAAUUGAUCGACAAAGCAAAACUGGAAAGUCUAAAUUCACAACGUUCGAGCUGUUCCGUAUGCGUGAGAAGGAUAUCCCUGUCGAACCUCUCGAAAUUCAAAUCGCUGUGCGAGCCUUCUCCUGGGAACCUUGUGGUAGCCGCUUUGCCCUCAUCCAGGGUGAUCCUGGAAGUUUAAGUGUGUCGUUUUACGAUCUUAAAAAGAAUGACAAGGUCGUGUUAUUGAACACGCUAGAAAAGAAAAAUGUAAACAAUAUGUUCUGGUCGCCCAAGGGACGUUAUGUGGUGCUUGCCGGUCUUGGAAACCAGGGUAUUUUCAACGGACAAUUGGAGUUCUGGGACGUCAACGAUAUGGUGUGUAUGAACGUGAGUGAGCACUUCAUGGCCACACACGUCGAAUGGGACCCCACUGGACGGUAUGUAGCGACAUAUGUGAGUGCGUGGAAGUUCCAAUUAGAGACCGGGUUCCACCUGUGGUCCUUUCAAGGAAAGAAUCUACAAAGAAACAAUAUUGAUAAAUUCUACCAGUUACUAUGGCGGCCACGUCCUCCUACUUUACUGUCCGAGCAAGAACUGCGAGACCUCAAGAAGAAGGGUGUCAAGAACUACUCACAAAAGUUCGACGCCGAAGAUUUGCAACGCGGCGACAAAGCUUCAAAGGAGGUCAUGGAUCGAAGACGCGCGCAGUACGAGGAGUUCCAGAUAUAUCUCAAAAAGAAGGAAGAGCAACUGGCCGAGCACAAAGAAAGACUGGCUGCGCUCCAUCCAGAACCAGAGGCCACUGACGAGGAGUUGAUUGAAGAGUCAGAGACGUUUGAAUUAUUCGUUAGCGAAGUUGUAGAGGUCGUAGAGUAA